AGCCCCUGGAGGAGAAGGGAGGAGCCGGCGACACCAUGUGAGCCGCUGGCCGGGGGCAGCAGGAGCCCAUCGUGAAGACAGAUGGGGUGAGAGAGAGUCCGCUCCAGCUGUCAGCGCGGCUUCAGCCCUGCCCCCGCCCGCGCCCCUCCUCCGCCGCGCGUCUCUCCCCCCUGGCCUCGGGCAAACCAUGGCGUCCAGCGAGGAGGACGGGCCCGGCAGCGGCUCGCUGGAGGAGAAGGGCAGGAAGAGGCGCUUGGGCGCGAUGGCCACAGCUUGGCUCAUCGGCUACAACAUCGCCAUGACCGCCGGGUGGCUGGUAUUGGCUAUUGCCAUGGUACGGUUUUACAUGCAGAAAGGAACAUACAAAGGUUUAUACAAAACUAUUCAAAAGACACUUAAAUUUUUCCAGACAUUUGCUGUGCUUGAGGUAGUCCACUGUGCAGUUGGAAUAGUUCACACCUCUGUGCUUGUGACUGGGGUCCAAGUGAGUUCAAGAAUCUUCAUGGUGUGGUUUAUAACACACAGUAUAAAACAGAUCCAGAAUGAGGAGAGCGUUAUUCUUUUUCUGGUCGUUUGGACUGUGACAGAGAUUACACGAUAUUCCUUCUACACAUUCAACCUGCUCAACCAUUUGCCAUACUUCAUUAAAUGGGCCAGAUACAACUUUUUUAUCAUCUUGUAUCCUGUUGGAGUUGCUGGUGAACUUCUAACUAUUCAUGCUGCAUUACCUUAUGUGAAGAAGACAGGCAUCUUUUCACUGAGACUUCCCAACAAGUAUAAUGUCUCUUUUGACUACUACUACUUCCUUAUUAUUGUCAUGGCCUCAUAUAUACCAUUGUUUCCGCAACUCUACUUUCAUAUGCUGUGGCAGAGAAGAAAGGUGCUUCAUGGAGAAGUGAUUGUAGAAAAGGAUGAUUAACCCAACUCUUGUCACCACAGUGCUGUUUACAGAAUAAUAAGAAAUGGAAACAGAACAUUUCAUGUGAUCCUUUUGAGUCCAAGUUUUAAAUUAUGGAACAAGAAUAAAUGGCUGUGCAUGAAAUAACAUGGA